UAUAUUUAUUAUAUAGAGUAGACCGCCAUCUCGCAAUGACAUUUAGAUAGUGGCUAGGCGCUCACGCUUUGCAACAUGGCGUUAGUUUGUUCAAUCUCUAAUGAGGUACCUGAGGUUCCUGUCGUAUCACCAGCAUCAGGUCGAGUCUUUGAGAAGAGACUAAUUGAGAAGUUCAUCUCUGAGAAUGGCACUGAUCCUGUCAAUGGAGAACCUCUUUCUGAAGAUCAGCUGAUUGAGGUCAAAGUGAAUCCAUUGGUGAAACCUAGACCUCCUACAGCAACCAGUAUCCCUGCGAUCCUCAAACUCCUCCAGGAUGAAUGGGAUGCUUGCAUGUUGCAUAGCUUCACACUCCGCCAGCAGCUUCAGACGGCCCGUCAGGAGUUGUCUCAUGCCCUCUAUCAGCACGACGCAGCAUGCCGUGUCAUUGCCAGGCUCACCAAAGAGGUUACAGCUGCUCGUGAAGCCUUGGCUACUCUGAAGCCCCAGGCAGCACCAGGCAUCGUACCAGGUGCCGCCAUGCCUGCUGCUGUGGCUGUGCAACCUGUACCUGAACCCAUGGAGGCUGCUGAAGCUGGCCCAGUCGGCAUGACUGAAGACAUCAUACAGAAGUUGCAAGAGCGAGCCAACGUUCUCACGGCUGAGCGUAAGAAGCGAGGCAAGAAGGUUCCAGAUGAGCUGGCUCCAUCUGAGGACAUCAGGAACUACAGACCAAGAGCUUCUCAUCCUGGUCUACACAGUGCCAGUAUUCCUGGUAUUCUGGCGCUCGAUUUACAGGCGGCUGAUACCUCCAAGGUUCUCACCGGAGGAGCUGAUAGAAACGCUGUUGUAUUCAACAAGGAUACGGAGCAAGUGACGGCCAUCUUGAAAGGUCAUACUAAGAAGGUCAACAAUGUCAUCUACCAUCCUACCGAGGAUGUUGUCUUCACCUCUUCGCCCGAUGCUACCAUCCGUAUAUGGCUUACCCAGAAUGCAUCUUGCACCCAGGUUGUACGCGCUCACGAUGCUGCUGUGACCGGUCUCAGUCUCCACGCCACUGGAGACUUCCUACUCAGCUGUUCCGAGGAUCGUCACUGGGCCUUCUCUGACAUAGCAACAGGACGUGUCCUCACCAAAGUCUCUGAUGAUUCUGUCGGCCAUGCUCUGACCUGUGCUCAGUUCCAUCCCGACGGUCUUAUCUUUGGAACGGGAACCGCCGACAGCGUCAUCAAGAUCUGGGAUCUCAAGGAAUGCACCAACGUUGCCAACUUCCCCGGUCAUUCCGGUCCCGUCACCGCUCUGGCCUUCUCCGAAAACGGUUACUACCUGGCUACGGCAGCCGAUGACGCCAUUGUCAAACUCUGGGAUUUGCGUAAGCUCAAGAAUUUCAAGAACAUCACCCUGGAUGACAACUACGAGAUCAAAUCAUUGACCUUUGACCAGAGCGGUUCCUACCUAGCCGUAGCAGGCACUGAUCUACGAGUGUUCCUCUGUAAACAGUGGCAGGAGCUAGCUGUCUUUACAGAUCACACCAACACGACUACUGGAGUACGCUUUGGACAGCACUCUUCAUUCUUAGCAUCAUCCAGUAUGGAUAGAAGUCUCAAGUUCUACAGCCUAUAAGGGUUAUGUUCACAUUUCAUCGCAUCCUGCUUUUGUUGGUUAUUCUGGUAUUUGUCUUCAGUAGAGUAUAUCCAAGUUGAUGGUAGGAUGAUUGUAUUGUGUGAACAGCACUCAUUUUAAGAAGCCUAUUGUAAUACUACAUUAUAUUUACAAAAAGCAUCAUAUGAAUCAAGCAUCUACUAAGCUCACUCAUGUGUAAGGUACUAGACAGAAAAACAUUGGUAUCAGAAUUCAAACUUUUGUAAGAUCUUAGCUUAUGAAAUAGGAGUAUUGAAAUGUGUGGAAGAAUGUGCAUUGUAUUAUAGCCUAUUUUUUAUGAACUCGUUCUUUCAUUCUCAGAAAUAAUACAUAAACAAUCCGUGACAUGUGCUUUUGCGACAAUUGAUCAGCACAUCAAACCAACACUAAAUCUAAUCUCAUUCCUCACCCUAAUCGAUAUCCUGAUAUUAAUCUGAACUGAAAAAUGUAUCACUACCCUAAUCCCAGAUCCUUAUUUUUAAGUUAAGACAAAAGCAAUUGUCGUAGUAGCAAAUGUUGGAUCACUGUAUGGAGUAAAGUAUAAUCAAGUUCAUGCGUUGAUGGUUCUUAUUUUGCUUCAAGCUGUAAUAUAUAAACAGUGAAGUCUUGUUUCCUCCCUGAUUGCUAAAUUAUACAAACUCCUGGCAUUUUACACUGAUUGAUAGGAAAUGUUUAUAACUAUUACAGAUCAUUACUCAUAAGAUAUUGCAGGUAGCUGAAUAAAUUGUUAUUGUAAAAAGUAAUCCGCACGGCUUUGUAAAUAAAACAUGACAAAGACCUUUGGUAUUUUUAAACAAAAUAAUAUGUCAUGUUCAAUUCACUUAUUGAUUUGUUAAUUGCUCUGAACAUCUCCAUUGUGUAAGUACAUACAGUCAUUACACACAUGAGGGAAUGAUUUACCGUUUGCGCCUUACUGUAGUCUGUAUCUGCAAAUUGUAGUUUUCAUUCUGAAGAGGCUAAAAACAAUGAAAAAAUACAAGUAAAAAGUACAAUGAUGAUUUCUUAGAUAUUUGAACUAGUCUAAAAUUUCUGUAAUCGUAUGAAGUUCAUCAGUUUCACAAUUAAUUCCUUAGAUAUUAUACUAACAUUAUCCCUUGAAUUACAUUUGAAAACCUAUUUUAAACAUUCCAAAUUGCCCAUUAAAAGGAUUUAUCUCAAAAUGCAUGUCUUUCUGUUGUAGCUUGGACAGCAGGGGUCUUGUUCAAUAUUCAUGAAGCAGACAAUUUCAGUUGCAUAGGAGGUACAUCGGGGAAGCAUUUUGUAUGUUCCUUCUGUGAAUUUGGCAUGGUUUACAUGUAUAUAUCAUAGCAGAAACAAGUGAAUAACUGCCAAGUUUUACCGGUUACUGGCUUGGACUGACUACCCUGGGACAGAUCAAAUGAAAUAUGUAAUGUAAGCCUACACUAUCAGCAACAUUUACAUGCUUAAAAAAGCAUGGGAGCCUGUCUUACAAACAACUGCAAUACAUUCAAAUCAAACGCAAAUGGAGACUGAUCACAAUUCUUAUCUCUUAAAUGCGCAAUUCGAGAUCAGUCUCAUUUGGAAGACGGGGCCUUAGAAGUGUGAUGUCUGAGCCAACACCCCCCCAUGUCAACUGGUUUGAAAUGUUGAUUGCAAUGGUUGGUUUCAAACAAUACAAGUUCUUAGCUUUGACUCUGUGAUAGUGAUACAUACCUGGGCUGGUAUUCAAUUUUAUACUUAGGUUAAGAAAAUUUAAUUUUACUUGGCUAAGAAAUUAAGUUAUUUUGUAUUUAGCUCAUAGUAUCCCCCCCAAAAAAAAAAAAACACAUGGUGAUGUCAUAUUGUUGCCAAAUAUUGUGCAUUUUAAUGUGUGUGUCUCUAAAAGUGCUACUCUAUAAUUCUGCGUAAAUCAGGAUGACCGUGUACAUAUGAAAACAUUCUUUACCUGCCAAUAAUAUUUCCAAAUAAUUUGGCAUCAGUCUUGUCUAGAGGUGUCCUAGAUUUAGGGUGAUAUACUAAAGCGAAUUCAUUCACUAAAUACCAAAAUUAGCAAGGUAUUUUAUCCAAUCAAAAUUCCAAGUAAUAUACUUAAUUGAAACCAACAUCAGUCCUGGAGCACAGAUUUCUCGUUCCGAACCAUGGCUAUGCCGUAACAAAAGACUGUGACAUUAGUACAGUACUUUUUGAAUUGUCAAUUCUUCAUUCUUUUUUUUUAAAUACAUUUUUGUACUGUAUAUUCAUUGUUGUAGGCAGUUAUGAAAUAGAAUUAUUAUUCCUUUUUCUGUACAUAUGGAUUCAACAAGCUCUGUUGCAUAUUUUUUUUUUCAAAGCCAUUUUUUAAUCAAUGAGAUUAUCAUUAGUUGAUUGCAAAUAAUGUACUUCAUCAACCUUGUAUCCUCUGUAGACUCUUUUUUGUUUUGUUUUGAUAGCUCAAUGAAUAUGGAAUUAUUUUUGUAAUGAUUGUAUGGACUUGUUUGUAACUAGUACUUUUUGAAUGUUCAUGAAAUUACUCUGCCAAUGUGUUUGGUAGUGAAGUGAUCUAUUCCAGCAAGAAAUGGGAAGACUUUGCAGGGUUGGACAAUAAAUAUAUUAGAUGCUGCCCCGGACCUCUAGGGUUGCUUCAUGAAGCUUUGUUAAAAGUUAGAAAUGACUUUUAUGAGUGACUGGAAUAUGGCAAGCCAUGAGCAUUGCCUAAUUAAUCAAUCAGUCACAAAUUUUUCAUUUAAAUUUCAAUAAUAUUCAUAUGUUUUAAAACAAUGUUUUUGUGCAAAGUAUAUAGACAAGACAUUUGACAUGGAAUCGCCUGAAAAAUAGUCACAUUUCUUGAAAUAUCAGGAAAAAUUUGAAAUCUCCCGUUGCACCUCGUGUACAAGUCAUUUGUUUAUUCCUACAUAACUUUACAAUCGAUUUCAUAUAACACUUAGGCCUUAUGCUUUAAUGGUCCUAGCAGAGUACCAAACAAUUAUAUUUUACUGUGCAUAGACUUCUCGAAAAUGGAACACAGUUAUUGAAUUUAAUAUGUCAGAUUGAAGUGUUUCCUUGUUUCUCUGUGGUGUUAUUAUUUUUGUUUAAUUAUGUAUCUGUACAGUGUAUUAAUUUAGCAAAAAAUUCCACACAAGCCUUUUUGUUCCUGCAUUUCAUCCACACAUAUUAUAGGCCAGACUUUUGUGUGACCUAUUUUUCUGGACUGGAUGGUAUGAAUCAAUUAUUUUGUGUAAUUAAAGUUUGUGGCACUAUCAUUGAAGAUGCUAUGUAUAUAAACUGUUUGGAUCAUUGUACUGUAUCAAUAAAUUGCAUUUCCAUUGACUUGCAUUUUCCAAACCCCA